AAACUGGACACAAAUCUCCAAUCAGAUUCAAGCAUUAACCUCCCUCCCUCCUCUUCCCCAAACCCAACUCUUGCUUUUAUUUCCCCGCGUUUUGCUUCCCUCACCGGACUCCGGAACUUUCUUCCGUCUAUCCAUCCCUUCAUUUGGCCUAUUCCAUUCCGUGUGUUCACUUUCUUUCUUUUGCGCCCUUCCAAAAUAACAUCGACUUUUCCCAUACAUAUAUGUACCCUCCUCCUGUAAUCUCAACACCGUAUCUUUGAAACCAAUAUUCCGUGAAAAAAGGUGUUUAUUUUUUCUAAUAUUAUAAUAUUAAUUAAUUCAUAUUCAUUUAAAAUAAGGUUUUGGUGGGGGUUGAUGCAAAGGUCAGGAGGAAAUCAUUCAGGCAGUGAUCAUAUAAUAAUAACAAUUAGUCGGGUUAUUCCGAGAUGGAGUUUGGAACGAUGACGAGAGGGGAUCACGGCGGGGGAGAACCGCCGUGCCUGUUGGGUAAGUACGAGGUUGGGAAGCUGCUGGGGUGCGGGGCAUUCGCCAAAGUGUACCACGGCCGGGAUAUUCGGACCGGCAAAAGCGUGGCCAUCAAAGCCGUGAGCAAACACAAGGUGGUCCACGGCAAUCUCACCGCCCACGUCAAGCGAGAGAUCUCCAUCAUGCGCCGCCUCCGCCACCCAAACAUCGUCCGCCUCCUGGAGGUUCUGGCCACCAAAUCCAAGAUUUAUUUCGUGAUGGAGUUCGCCAAAGGCGGGGAACUCUUCAAUAAAGUCGCCAAGGGCCGCUUCAGCGAGGAUCUCAGCCGUCGAUACUUCCAGCAGUUGAUCUCCGCCGUCCAGUGCUGUCACUCCCGGGGGGUCUACCACCGGGAUUUGAAGCCCGAGAAUUUGCUCCUCGACGACAACUGGGACUUAAAAGUCACCGAUUUCGGACUCAGCGCCGUCACCGAGGACCAGGUCCGCGACGACGGCUUGCUUUACACGCUCUGCGGUACACCGGCUUACGUGGCGCCGGAGAUUCUCGCCAAGAAGGGGUACGACGGCGCUAAAGUGGACAUCUGGUCAUGCGGCGUCGUUUUGUACGUCUUGAACGCUGGCUACCUCCCCUUUAAUGAUACCAACCUCAUGGUUAUGUACCGGAAGAUUUACAAAGGCGACUUCCGGUGCCCCAAAUGGACUUCACCGGAGCUCAAGUCUUUGCUCUCCCGUCUCCUUGACCCGAACCCGGACACCCGAAUCACCCUCGACGAAACCAUUGCCCAUCCCUGGUUUCAAUUGGGCGGCUCCGGUUACUUUAAGAACGGCGACACCCACUUCUUCGGGGCGUCGCCGGAGCACCAAGACCCGGAGUGGUUCAAGAAGUCCGACGGAGUCGGGUCCUCCUACCAUUUGAAUGCUUUCGACCUCAUCUCAUUCUCCUCCGGGUUCGACCUCUCUCGGUUGUUCCCCGCCAGGGGGGCGGCGGAAGAGGAGGAGGGGGAGAGAUUUGUGUCGGCGGAGUCGCCGGAGGAAAUUCUGGCGAGGGUGGAGAAGGUUGCCGAGGAGGAGAAUUUGGAGGUCAAACGGAGAGAAGGUUGUUGCAACAAGGUGAGGCUGGAAGGGCAACGAGGUCAUUUCACGGCUUCCGUUGACAUUUACCAGCUAACCGAUGAGCUGGUGGUUGUGGAGUUGAAAGGGACAAGCACCAGAAGCGGAGGAGGCGGAGUAGUAGAUUUGAGUAGCCGGAAACUAUGGAAAGAUAGAUUUAGGGCGCUGAUUAGUGAGUUAGAGUAUCGGCAACCGGGUCAACGGCAACGGGUUGGCGCCACCCAAGUUAAUUGAAAACCAAUCAUAGUAAGUAGUAUUAUUUUAUUUGAUGAUUGACUGCAUCUUUGGAAUACCAAACAAAUAACUUUAGUUAGGGAGGUCAAAAAAUGACGAACAGAAAACCAAAACGGUGUGGGGAAAAUAUUUUACCCCCCUUUUUUUUUUACAGUGAACGCCUGAAAUUUGAUCCAUGUAUAAACUGUGUUACCGCCAAUUGGCACGAAUACAUAUACCACCUGUUCUCCCUUCCUAAACGAAAUAAUUGUCACUAAUAUUUACAGCAUACAAUUAUUUCGAGGUUACUAAUACUUAGGAACCAAAAUACAGUUUUCUUUUUUUCCCUUCCUCUUUCAUUAGCAGCUUUUUUAACAGUUUCAAAUGGAUACAAUUUUUUUUUUUUGGUGCAAUUUUUUUUGGGUGCAAUUUUAUUCAAAUGGAUACAAUUUUAGAUUGUGCCCAAAAUUGCCCCCUUUUGCGAUCCAAUUCAACCUUGGUGCUUCCAAAUUUGAGCAGUCAUUUCGGUCAAUGCUCUGUAUGUUUGUUGAUGAUUUUGUAAGAAAAGAAAGUUCGCCCUUACUUGGUUACAGUUAUUGAAAAAAUAAAUAAUAUUUAAAAACAAUACCCUAUCAUAUUUCUUCCCACUAGUUAAAUAUCCAAUAAUCUCAUUGGAACUUAAAAAUGUACUCCUUCCGUUCUAUAAAAAUAGUCCACUUUAAAUUUUAAGUUUUGUAUUAUUUUUAGUAUAAAUUUAAAAAUUUAAUUUAAAUUUUCUUUUAAGACCGAGGUAAUAGAACGAAAAAUAUAUGAAACUCUUAAAAAACGAAACACUAAAAACAAGAGAAAAAGGACAAACUGGAGUAUCGGCUUUAGUUUCGUUUGAAGGAGUCAAAAUUUGUUCCAUUGACCAAUUUCAAGUUUUGGAGUCAGUCAAAAGUCCGUAUAGACCGUAGAUACAUAAGUUGAUCCUCAAUUGAUCCAGUUCAGAUUUUCCCUUUCAGUACAAAUUAUAUUAAAAAAAAAAAAGAAGUUACAAUAGAGUAAUAAGGAUUCCUUCAGCCUUUAUCACUGGUCGAGUAUUCGAAUCAUGGAGUAUUUUUUUAAUUUUUUGAUCUGCUCUUAUAUAUACUUAUCGCAGUGUCUAUUAUGAACGAGGAAAAUUAAUCACUGUUAUCGACGGUGAAUACCGUGUUAUAUACACAAAAAAAAAAAUCAAACUGGACAAUUAUUGUACGAUGGUAAGUAAUAAUGUUUUUUAUUACCGAUGGAAGAGAAUGAAAUGUCAAUGGGCUUAGAUAAUCCAAGAUGUUAAAGUUUUUUUGAUAUAUCAAUCUUAAUUUUGACAUGCAUGCAGUGGCAAAAU